AUGUCGAGUGAACUAUCAAUAAGAAUACAGAAAGCAAUAGAAGAGUUCUUCAAUAAGAAUUCCAAUUGGACGCUACUUGGGUUUCUUAAAUACAGAGCAGAAGCUAGUGAUUUUACAUACUACAAGGG